AUGCACCUGUACGACGAUGUCGUUCCGAAAACCGCUAGGAAUUUUCGUGAGCUAUGUACCGGUCAACAUGGCUUUGGAUACAAGGACAGCACAUUUCACCGAAUAAUUCCCGGAUUCAUGAUACAAGGGGGAGACUUCACUCGGAACAACGGUACUGGUGGCAAAUCUAUAUAUGGGAACAAGUUCCCCGAUGAAAACUUUAAGAAGCGUCACACAGGGCCUGGUCUACUGUCAAUGGCCAACGCUGGACCCAACACGAAUGGAUCUCAAUUCUUCAUUACCACUGUACCGACAUCUUGGCUGGAUGGCAAGCACGUUGUUUUUGGCGAGGUGGACAAGACAGAUGGCAGCAUGGACGUCGUGAAAGAGCUUGAGAGUCUUGGCGAUGAAUUAGGCGCUGUACAGGGUGGUUCCAAGCCAAAAAUCGUGGACUGUGGAGAGAUGCCGGAGGAAGAUGAGCAGGGUCCCUCAUGA